UCCCGGUGAUGAAGAGAUAGCCUCCCUUCGAUAAAGCUUCCGACGGCGCGGCGCCCAGGGCCAGCAGCAACCCUACCCUGGCCUCCGCUGCGCGUCCCAUGGCGUCGUACCUCGCCGCCUUCCACCCCACUCUUUCCCCGGACCCCAUAACCCAUCCGCAUCGCUGCCCUGCGCGCCCCAACCCCACCACCGGCCUCCUCCGCCUCCUCCCGUCCCGCCACCGCGCUCGCCCCCCCGCGGCCGUCCGCCUCGCCGUUUCUGCCUCCUCGACCUCCGCCCCGCCUCCAUCGGCGGAUCGGUCGGAGGCCGCGUCGUCGCUGGAGAGAUGCCUCUCGGCGACGGUGUCGGGGGCGGGGAUGGGAACGGGGGCGGCGCCACCAGCCUCGGCCCCGCCGCGCGCCCCGCCGGCGAUGAAGGGGGGACGGAAGCAGUACGGCGCGUUCGGCGCCGUCACGCUCGAGAAGGCCAAGCUCGAUCUCUCCCAGCGGCGCAAGAAGAUCAUGCCUGAGCUGGCAACAGGUGGUGGUGGUGGAGAUAUUGGAAAAAGGAUCGGUCAUGGUGGGGGUGAUGGUGGUGAUGAUGAUGGUGAUGAUGAUGAUUACUUUGAUGAUUUUGAUGAUGGAGAGGAAGAAGAAGGUGGGCUUUUUAGGAGGCGAAUUGUUGUACAAGAGCUAUUCAAUAGAGAGUUUAUAGAAGCUGUGUUGCAAGAAUGGUGCAAGACGAUGAGUAAUUUGCCUGCUGGUCUCCGCCAAGCUUGUGAGAUGGGUUUGGUGAGUUCUGCACAGAUGGUACGUUACUUGUCAAUAUUUGCAAGACCUACAAACACUAGGUCCUUCUCAAGAGCUCUUCCAGGUUGGCUUUCCAGAGGUCUUGUUGGAAGGACACUUGCAGAUCCAUCAUUCCCACAUAAGAUGGCCUUGGAGUUUAUGGCUACCUUUUCCUCAUCUAUUUGGUGGGAAAUGAAUAUUCGCAAGGAGAGGUUUGAACAAGAAUGGGACUUGGUGAUUGUGAAUGCUUUGACUGCAUCGUGUUGCAACCUGAUGGUUCUUGGGCUUUUGGCACCGUGCCGUUCAUAUGGAAGUACAUCUCGAUUUGACUUCCAAAAUGCAAUUGAGAAACUUCCAAAUAACAUAUUUGAGAAGAGCUAUCCUUUGAGAGAGUUUGAUCUACCAAAACGAAUCAGUGCAUUCUUUUAUAAAGCUGCUGAGCUUAGUCUGGUUGGGUUUGUGGCUGGCUCUGUUCAAGGUGGUAUGUCAAAAGUCUUGUCUGCAAGAAAAGAAAGGAGGUUAUCGGUGACUAUUCCCUCUAUCAGCACCAAUGCUCUUGGUUAUGGAGCUUUCCUAGGACUCUAUGCGAACUUGCGUUAUCAAUUGCUCUGUGGACUAGACCAAUAUAUGGUCAAGCGCUUUGAUGUUUUGGGUGUGGCAAUCUUCUUUAGCACAGCAGCAAGACUGAUGAAUAUUCAGAUUGGUGAGGCAUCAAGGCGAACAUGGCUUGGCGAGGAAGCUGAUCCACAGUACUCAGAUCGACUGCUGAGAGCCUACAAGAGGCCUGUGGAGGUUUACAUGGACCAACAGGAUUCAAGGUGGUUUAUAUCCAAGGAUGCAAUUGUAUCUGGCCUUGGUCUUCUAGGCAUCAAGCAGGGUGGACCCGAGGCUGCAUUGUCUAAGCCUCGUCGAAAGAGAGUCGUCCGCAAAAAGGUUGCUUCAGGUUGAGUUUAGUGGAUUUGGUAGCAAUGCUGGAACAAUUUUGCUUCUGUUCCACUAUGCGAGAGGGAGGUCUACCCAAAUAAUGGUAAAUGAGAAACUAUCAACGUCAACCAGCACGGUGGUCUAUCUGCGAAGGCAUCAAAGGGUUUGUUACUGGGAAGGGUUGGCUAAAAGGUGCCCAUUACUAUUUUAUAAUUUAAUUGCACUGAUUUCCUUGUUUUUGGUAAGAAUAAUAUGUUGGUUUCUUGUAUUGCUGUGAGGCAAAUAGACACGUUUGGUGGUAGCUCCGUAAGAUUGUUAAUGUACUGACUUUAACAUGAGAAAUGGAUUCUGCAUUUUUAUAUAGAUCAAAUAGCUGCCACAUGCUUGUAUCUA